AUGGCAACCAAAGGAAAAGAAGUAGAAACUGCGGGUCGUGAUGCCACGCCCGCGAACCCCCGAGGCAUUCCCCAAGCGCCCUUCGUCGACAAGGUCGAGGACUAUGUCACGUCUCGCGCGGACGUCGAGCCCACCCUGAGGCGGUUCCAGGAGUUGAUCGCCAAGUACCAGUUCAUGGAGCAGAACCUCCAGCGACGAGUGGUGGGGUUGAAGGACAAGAUGCCGGAUAUUCAGAAGACGUUGGAUACGGUGCGGUUCUUGCAGAUGAGAAAGGAUGAAGAAGACCCGAUCGAAACCACAUUCGAGCUCAACGAGACUCUCCACGCCACGGCCAAGAUCCCGCCCACGGACGAGGUGUACAUCUGGCUCGGCGCCAACGUCAUGCUGUCGUAUCCCAUUGAGGAGGCCGAGCAGCUACUGGACUCGAAGCUCAAGGCUGCGACGCAGAGCUUGCAGAACUGCGAGGAGGAUUUGGAUUUCUUGAGGGAGCAGAUUACGACGAUGGAAGUCGCCGUUGCGAGAGUCUACAACUGGGACGUCGUGCAGAAGCGGAAAGAGAAGGAGGAAGAGGAGAAGACAAAAGGAAAGAAGAGCGAGACGGCGUCGGACGGUUGA